CAGCGAAACUUGACAUCGACCCACUCCGCAUUUCGAUUCUUUCUUUUCGUGUCAACAUUUUGACUGUCAAUAUCGCAAAAUCUCGAGAUGGCAAAACGUACCAAGAAGGUUGGAAUCGUCGGAAAGUACGGUACCCGUUAUGGUGCUUCCCUGCGUAAAAUGGUGAAAAAGAUGGAAAUCACCCAACAUUCAAAAUACACAUGCACAUUCUGUGGAAAGGAUGCCAUGAAGCGUGCAUGUGUCGGCAUCUGGUCAUGCAAACGAUGCAAGCGUGUUGUCGCUGGCGGAGCCUGGGUUUACUCUACAACUGCCGCAGCCACUGUCCGAUCUGCCGUACGUCGCUUACGCGAAGCAUAAAUUUUGAUAAAUUUGCGCCCCUUCACAGAACAUAUUGAAUAAACAACAACUUAUUUCAAAUAAGACAACACAAAAA